GCUAACAUACAAAGCCGCCCUUCAACUAACACGACAAAGGCCCCCUUCUACUAGCUACCUGCCUCAUCAAAAUAAAUAUCUUCUCUAAUCUCUCUUCUCUGUGUGUUUUGGUGAGUCUAGCAAGCUACUUGUCAGUCAUAGAGAAAACAGACUUACAACUCCUAACAGAGAUGUCUGGUGGUCCCCUCUCCUGCUUCUCCAAACAGGGAAUACUCCUACUCUCUAUCCUCCACCAUGGGACCUGGGCUGAUGUAUAUCCAAAGGACCAGUAUGGCUUGAAGGGAGGUUCGGUGUGUCUGGCUGUUGCAAAACCACCUGAGGAACUUAAAGGAUUUAGCUGGAAGGUCAAUAGUACUGUAAUAGUUGAUGAUAAAGAGAUCUCUCCUAAAUACAAGGAGAAGGUAGAUUAUAACCCAGUGAACCACACUCUGUGCAUUAAGAAUCUGACAGACACAGACAGUGGAAUUUACAUUGCAAAUGCAAAGAAAAAAGAUUGGACAGAUUCAACGUCUUCAUACAAACUUAAGGUGUUGGAAGCUGUUCCCAUUCCAGCCAUGCAGGUGACAUACUACAACUCAAGUACAGGACUUUGUAACAUCACAGUGAAUUGUUCAGGCUGGAUGUUUUCUGUCUGUGAUGGAGGUCAGUGCCCACUGUACCAGGAUUCUCUGUCAGUCUCUGAGGUCAACAUCACUGUUUCCAGUGGUAAUGGAUUCAUCCAGUGUAUCGUCAACAAUCAUGUCAGUGCAGAGACCAAAUCACAACGAAUGAAGGACACAUGUAUUGGUGAGAAGAAGGGGAUCGCUGCAGCAUCACUAGUUGGCAUCAUUGUGGGCAUUGCUACCGGUGGAUUAUUCUUAGUUGGUGUAGGAUGCAUCAUAUCAACCAGAAGAUGGCGAUCCCCUAAAGAGAAACUGCCACUGAAGGCCGUUGUUCCAGAAGUUGACAACCCAGUGAGCACUAUACCAGGAAGACCAGAACCCCAGAACACCCCUGGAUCUGAGGUGACAUCUAUCUAUGUUACUGCAGGCAGACCAGGAGCAGUACCAGCAUCAGCAGAAGGAGAAGAGGGGCAUCCAGGGGACAAGGAGUACACUUCACCAGAAGAGAGGAUAGAACCACAGUCCCCCCCACAGGCAGAGACAUUCUACAGCACCCUACAGAUACAAGCUGCAGUACAGCGCCACCCAGUGGGCAAAGGAAAUAAUCUAAAGAAACCAGACACGGUGUACUGCACAAUAGGAUAUUACCCCUCCAUCCUUCUCAGAGACCCACUGAUGUUACUUUGAUAAAGAUUUAACCCAUAGACUCAGGUACCGAAUGCAAACACAGGGGAAAUUAUGAAGGAGAGAGAGAAUUCUGACAAAAACAUUUGUUUGUUUAUAUCUAAAUUCAUCCAAAUUCAAAGUGGCAAUCUGCGAUUGCUACGUACUUUUACAUGAAUUGUAUAUAACUAUUGAUUCCUGCAGAAUACAACAUAUGCUUGUUUAACUCCAUUGUUUGUAAAAAUUGUAAUUAAAUUGGUGGCAGGGUACCCGUGUUAUUAUUAUUUGAACUGCAGUUUUCCCCUUUAACGAUAGAUUGUUCUGCAUACUGUCUUAUUUCUGUAAAUGAAAACUAAAACAUGCAGAUGAAUACAGUAUCACCGUACAUGCUUUAAAAUAACUUUUAUACACAAAACAGCUGAAUUGAAAAUGGGAAACCCAUCCAAUCAAUCAAAUUGACCAAUCAAUAAAUAAAUACAUAAACCAAUCAUUCAAUGAAUAAAUUAAUCAAGCAACA